AUGUCAGAAAAUCUCAUUUACGCUGACUUAAACUUGGCUGAAUCAACCAAACCCAGGCUACAGAAGGUCACUGAUGUCCAAGGUUCCACUUAUGCAGAAGUGAAAGUGCAGUCCCUAGACACAAAUGCUGCAGCUGGCUACACAUCGUCUGGCUGCCCCCUACACUGGGAGAAAAUGGGGAAAAAAUGCUACUACUUUUUUAAAAGCCAGCAUGAACAAGACUGGAACACCUCCCGAAAACAAUGUACUGGCAUGGAUUCAGACCUGGUGAUCAUUGACAGCACGGAAGAACUGAAUUAUCUUUGUUCAAGAUCAGAGGGUCAGUACUACUUACUUGGUCUCACAUACUCUGAGAGCGACAAGAAGUGGAAGUGGAUUAACAACAUGGAACACAGCACAGACAUGUUUCCUAUAAAAGGAGAACACAUUAAAGACUAUUUGUGCACUGUCAUUGGACACAAAUGCAUAGAAACUGCACCUUGCGGUGGAGAUUCAUCAACACAAAACAUGUGUCAAAAAGCUGCAAGUCUAUUCUCAAAUAUCUGGUUAUGGCAAGGUGUUGCCGGCGUCCUUACUGCUGCUGUCAUUUUGAUUUUGUGUAUUCAGUUUGUAAACCGUUCUUCGGCCAAAGAUUUUCCUGUCUGUCCUUCCGUGGAGCUCUGUCCGUCGGGUUGGCUGUAUUUCCAGAGGAAGUGCUACUACCUCUCGGAGAGUGAAGCUGACUGGAACUACAGUCAGAGCCUCUGCUCUUCGCACAAUGCUUCCCUCUUGGUGAUCGAAAAUCAUCAGGAACUGCUGAUAAUAAUAACUCAGUAUGAUGAAGACAUAUCAGUGACGGAGAAAUACAUUAGCUGCAAAGGUGUUCGUCGUUCUUUGAAGACUUUCUUGUGGAGAGACAGUGAAAUGAUGCAUUUGCAGUUCCAUAGCAGUCUUUAA